UCAGAUGUUCUGGGCGGUCCGAGUGGAAGGUACAUUUAAAACCAGCUCAGCUGCCUCUGAUCUGUAAACUUUCCUUAUUUCCCUACUCUUCUUCCAUUUUAGGGUGUUGACUGAUCUCCUUAACGAGCUCCAUGAUGAGGACUUCCCUUGCUCCCGGCAUCUACCUCCUCCGAGUCUUCUCCAGAGACAGCUGGUACCGAGGCCUUAUUCUGCUGCUUACCUUUCUCAUUUACACCUGUUACCACAUGUCUAGGAAGCCGAUCAGCGUUGUCAAGAGUGAGCUGCAUCGAAACUGUUCAGAGAUACCGAAUCCCAACAACUACACCAACAGCACCACAUGGUGUAACUGGUCUCCAUUUGAUCAGGACAACUACAAGGAAUUGCUGGGAGGUGUGGAUGAUGCUUUUUUGGUUGCCUAUGCUCUUGGCAUGUUCGUCAGUGGGAUUUUUGGGGAGAGACUUUCCCUCCGAUAUUACCUGUUUUCUGGCAUGCUGCUGAGUGGGAUUUUUACUUCACUCUUUGGCCUGGGUUAUUACUGGAACAUCCACCAACUGUGGUUCUACGUGAUUGUUCAGAUCUUUAAUGGGUUGGCUCAGACUACAGGCUGGCCGGCAGUGGUGACCUGUAUUGGUAACUGGUUUGGGAAGGGAAGGCGUGGAUUUAUCAUGGGUAUCUGGAACUCCCAUACAUCUGUGGGCAACAUUCUGGGCUCCCUGAUUGCGGGUAUCUGGGUGGAUUCAGCCUGGGGCCUGUCCUUCAUCGUGCCUGGUAUUAUCAUCGCUGUCAUGGGCCUCAUCAGCUUCCUCUUCCUUAUUGAGUACCCAGAAGAUGUAGACUGUACCCCACCGCAGCACCAUAAUGGGCCUGUGGAAGACCUGGGUACCUCUGUGGAGUCAGUGGUUGGGAACAUCCCUGAGAAGGAAAGUGGAACUGAAGGUUCUGAAUGUUCCAGGGAGUCAACUGAAAAGCCUGAGGCCAUCGGUUUCUUAAGGGCACUCAGGAUACCGGGUGUAGUGGAAUUCUCCUUGUGUCUGCUUUUCGCCAAGCUGGUCAGUUAUACCUUCUUAUUUUGGUUGCCCCUCUACAUCGUUAAUGUGGCUCAUUUUGGACCCAAGAAAGCUGGUGAUCUUUCUACCCUCUUUGAUGUUGGUGGUAUAAUAGGUGGCAUCCUUGCAGGGAUCGUCUCUGACUAUACCAAUGGCAGGGCCACUACCUGCUGUGCCAUGCUGAUUGUGGCUGCCCCUCUGCUCUUCCUGUACAACUAUGUUGGUCAGCAGAGCUUUGGCAGUUCUGUAGUGAUGUUGAUUAUCUGUGGGGCCUUGGUCAAUGGGCCUUAUGCCCUCAUCACCACUGCUGUUUCAGCUGACCUGGGCACACACAAAAGUCUGAGAGGCAAUUCAAAGGCUCUUGCCACUGUGGCAGCUAUUAUUGAUGGGACUGGCUCUUUAGGUGCUGCUUUAGGGCCCCUGCUAGCUGGACUCAUCUCUCCUACAGGCUGGAACAAUGUCUUCUAUAUGCUGAUCUCUGCAGAUGUGUUGGCUUGUGUGUUCCUCUCUCGCUUGGUGUACAAAGAGAUCCAGGUCUGGAGGGGAUGUGUCAACAGAAAUAGCAGCUCUUGUCUGGCCCUAACCCACCCGAGGUAGUAUCCAGACGGCUGUGGUUUGAAUUAUCUAAAUAAAUAAGAGGCCCCCAUCUGAAGUACAGGAGCCAAGGUUCUCUGCUGCAUCCCCAGAAAACUACCCAAUGGAGAUACCCAUGGACAUACAAGAACAUUUGGGGCAGCAAGUUCCAGUCCUAAAGCACGUUGUUAUGGGACUCUCUCUUUAUAAUCUGUACCUGCAUCAGGUGUGGAACAGUCUUCAGUUUUCAAGCUUCAAGUCACUUUGGACUCUGUAGUUGCUUUGGUUGUUUCUAGAUUCCAGUUUCCAUAGGGAAGAUGAAUAAGGUCAAUUCCACUUCAGAUUGCUGAAAGAAAAGAAUCUGGGAAGACAUGAGAAGAUCUGGCAAUCUUGAUUAUGUCCUUAUCUCCAGCUUGCUAUACUAGAGACUUCAGGGAACUUCAAUGAGAUCUAGGUCUUUCUUUUGGUUGAACUAAGUUAUUUUGCUCCCAAUGGGAGUAUUCCUUCACUCUGCAUGAUCCAAUAUAUAUUUUCACAUGUAUACCUUCUCUGAUUCCUCUUUUACUACCAAUUUGGAUAAAUAGGUUUUCAUUGAUAAUUUUUAUGUAUGUUCAUUGUGAAACUGGUAUUUGGAUGGAAAGGAGUCAAACCUCAAAGAUGGAGUUUGGGUUCUUCUCUCCACAAUUAUAAACAGAGAUCAGAGAUUAGAUUGGACCUGAAACACAUCUCCUAGACUAACAAUAUUUAAGGGAACAGAUAGAAAUAAUUCUAACUUGAUACCCCCUUUUUCUAAGGAGAGCACAGUGGUCUCUGACUCUUAACAUCUUGCUUUCUUUCCUGGCUGGAAUUAAAAUUUGUCUUGGAGGAGGGUGGGAGAGAAGAGGCCAGAUGUCUAUUCUAUUUCCCUUUGAGCCACACAACAACCUCCCUUUACAUGUGGGCUUUGACACAUAUUAUUAGCUCCAAGAUAAUUUAUAUGACUUUAGUGUUAACUGCUAGUUGCAUGAAGCGAGUUGAAAAGAAUUUACUUACCCUAACCCAAAAAGCCUGGGAGAGUUGUUACUAAACGAGAAGUAAUGGAGUUCAGACAAUGAAAAAAAUGUUGAAUUGACCUGAGGGACUAUGCUGUGAGUGCUAUUGGGGAUAUGACUCACAAAACAGCUGAAAUAACACUUGAGGUUUUGGGUUGUCUCAAAGAAAGCUUCAUAACAGCUACAAUCUAUCAGAGCGAUUGACAUAGUUGCUCAAUAGAGAACCAGCAAAUGGCAGCACAGUAGAGAAAGCAAUAAAGAAAAUUAUAUCAGUAUUUAUGUAGGGAAGCAGCAAAUGGAAGCUUUGAAGACCCAGAAGUUUCCCACUGACAUUCAACUAUAGGAGCAUCAGUUGUCGGAGCUACAUGUAUUUCCUUUCCUAUUGGGAAUCUGUGGGAGAUUGUGACCUUGCAUGUAAAAGGGCAUGGUUUCCCUUGGUAUUUGUCUUGCUUUCCUGUUUAAUGAAAUAGCUUUUUUUCCAACAAAUGUGCUCUCUGAUUUGUUCCAAUAAAAAAAAAAAAGAAGGGGCUCAUGAA